UGGUGCCCUGUGGUCCUUUUAUCCUGCAGGGUAUUCCAACAGCGGACUGCUGUCAGCGUACUAUGAGGUUUAAAAGAAGCUGAUAUGGGUUCAUCGGCGGCGUAAUAUGAGAAAGGAAAUGCUUCCAGAUCUGAAUUGCGUUAAUACCGUGCUGCGCAUGUGAAUCUGAGGCGAAAAUGAAUAACUCUUUCCAUAACGUCUCCCAGGCUUCGAUGCACUUUGGUGCUGGACGCCCCGGCAUGAUUACUAGUUCCAGCAAUUUACUCUCAGAUCGAAGUAUGACAUACCCGUACCCUGGGACUUCGUACACUUCUCCGCCACCAAUCAAAAUUGUGGCCGGAUCGGAACUAACCGACAGCAACACCGUCUCAAGUCCGAAGAAGCCAUGCCAAUUCUUGACAAACGUCGUCGAUGAAUGCCACGCUAGUCGCUUCUAUGCUCUCAUACUGGAGUUCUACUUCGUGACCACUGAGAAACAGUGCGAUGAUGACGUCUUGUGUCCUAUGCGAGGCUGUCGCCGCCCUUUCGCGAACGCCAUAGAAAUGGUCAAGCACCUAAAAGAGUGCGCAUACAUCGAUAAAGGUCGCUACAUUUGCCCUUGCUGCAACGAGCUCGAGAAGUUCAGAACGAAUUGGAAUAAAAGGUGUUCUUGGAACAGGACGAAAUUCAGCUUGAAAUUCCAGAAAGGACUACAAGCCCCGGCCAAGCUUUUUCGCCUACUGAGAAAUAAGCCGAUCGAAUGUCCAAACUGUCGUCAUCCGUUGCAAGAAAAUUCAGAGCCUGAUGCCCCGGCCUAUUGUGACGAAACACCAUAUAACCCGGACGAGCAUGUUUUGAGCGGGGACGACGUACUGCCGCCUUUUAAACCGGACAUCGAUCACGGAUACCAGACGUUCGAUCUGUUACCACCAAGCAAAGUGCAACUGGAUUAUGUCUCCGAACUGGAUGCGCCAUCCGGUUUGUCCGAAUUUCCCACUGAUACACCGAUGUAUGAGAUGGACUCGGGUCAGAACGUCGGGAUGGCCUUCCCCGGCACAAACCCAAUUGAGCAUUCCAGCGGACUCUCUGACUUCAUUACUGAUCUAGUGGAUGCGUCUGUCAAUACUUCGUCGUUCUCAAAUUCAUUUAAUACAUCUCCAAAUGCUGUAUCUCCACCAUCGACAGUACAGGACUCAUGCAGCUCCACAGAGGUUUCGCCGACUUCCUCUGAAGGAUCGGCCAGUCAAAAGACCAGCGGCAGAUUGUUAAGAUACAAUCAACCACGUAGACGACUUCCUGGUGAUGUACCCUUGUGUCCUACACAGCAAGUCAACACCGCUCCAAUGCUUGUCCGGAACUCUUAUAACACAUAUCAAACGGGACCAGUCAGCUUACCGUCCGCCGAUGACCAAGCACGAGUCGUCGCAGGUAGUUCGAGCUACACUACCGGCCUUCAACACUCAAACAGGUUGACUGUGCAUACUGAUUUCAGACAUUCAGACGCCUGGCCUUUUGGUGUCCAGUCAACCGAGGCCGCUCGCAUCAGCCUGCCGGCCCAGACUCUACCCAGUGAUCUUGGCGAUUACAGGCAUCUGAUCGACAGUCUGGCUUCUCUACCAGGCCACCCACAGCCGACGGCACUUUUUCGACCGUCAUACCAAUCAGACACGUCUCGCACAGCCUCGGACAUACAUGCAGAGGAGUUGUCAGACGACGAGCUCGUCUGCCCUGAACCUGACUGCCCAUACAAGCCCACCGGGAAGACCGAAAAUCUCGCCGCGUACCUGAGCAAGCAUAUCAAGACUCACAAAGACAAGAAGAUCAAGUGCCUAGUGUGCGACAAAGAGUUCACCCGGCACGACAACAUGACGAUUCAUCUCAGAAGAGACCACGCAGAUCACCAGAUGCCCAAGAAACGUCCUGUCGGCGUCGGUAGCGGCGACUUGCAACAUGGUGCCCCGAGGAAGAGGACAUUACGAUCGACGUGACUUGUGUGACGUCCAUUCAUGUUGAGGUCAAGACGUAUGCGGGGUUGGCGUCUAGGUGAGGCAGAACGUAUCCUGCAAACCUGUAGGAAAGUCUUUGUUGGCCGGGUUCCUAUGUUCCGUGGAGGGUCAUUUUCCCCUGAAAU